AUGGAUACAAAAAGUGAGAAUCUCACUCAGUUGUCGCACAAACUAAUUGGAACAAAAUCCUCUCCCAGCCGUGGUGAAGUAGAUGACUUAGCCAAGUUUGUGAAUUUCUUUCCAGACUUUGUUUGGGCUGUAUGUGAAUUCAUGCUGGAGCUGGAGAGGGACAGAUGCACCAUCACUGCAGAGGAGUACCUGCAGAAUGCCUUGAAGGUGAUUCCAGGUAAGGAUCCUCAAAUCCAAAAUUCCAACAUGUCCAGAGAAUCUAUCAAGAAGUUCUUCUCCAAGCAGAAUUGCUUUGUCUUUGUCCAGCUCUCAGGUGACAACAAACUCUUCCACUGUAUUAAGGAAGAAUCAGAAAACCAAUGGGGAUGUAGUUUCCAGGUGCAAUCCAAAAAUUUCUGUACCUGUAUGUUUAUGCAUGCCCAAACCAAGAUCCUCAGAGAGAAAAACACUGUCACUGGAAAUAGGCUGGAGACUCUGGCAAUGGUCUUUGUGGAUGCCAUCAAUAGUGGAGCGGUGCCUUGUUUGGAGAGUGCAGCAACUCUAUCCCAGCGUGAGAACUCACUGGCUGUGCAGAUGGCAGCCACGCACUGCAGCCAGCUGAUGGCCCAGCAAGUGAGGUUCCUCACAGACUUGCUCCAGGAGCUGCUGGACCUGCACGUGGCCUGUGAGAGGGAAGCCAUUGUGAUCUUCAUGGAGAACUCCUUCAAGGAUGAAAAACAGGAGAUCCAGAAGCUUUUCAUGGAAACCAUAGAGAUGAAGAAGAAAUAUUUCUUGCUGAACGAUGAAGAAGAAUCUGGCAAAUAUUGCCAGGCUCAGCUAAGGCAGCUUUCAGAGCCGUUGGUGGAAGACAUUUCAAGAGGAACAUUCUCUGUGCCUGGAGGAUACAGUCUGUACUUAGAAGGAAUGGACAAGGUUGAACAGUUCUGCGACCUGAAAGAAGAAUCUUUGCUUCUUGUUUCCUCAGGCAAACAUCCUCCAGAGCCUCCUGCAAUCACAGGCUGCCACAGUGGAAUCCGUCCUGCAGGCAGACAGAGCCCUCGCUGCUGGGGAGAAGGAUUUAGCCGCCUGAGCCAUAACUGCUUGCCUGUAAGAGCUGGCACGUGUUCACCUCCUAAAGAGAACAGUCAGUAUCCGGGGGAGCCAGACGCUGGAGGAGCACUCCUGGAAAUAGCGAGGGCAGCUGAGCACGUGUCCCCUGUUUUCAGAUCCGGAGACAGUAACAACAUGGGCCCGAAGGCGCAUCCCACUCCGGAAGAUCAGGGUGGGCACUGGCUGGCAGGGUGGCAGCGGGAGGCUACUGCUGGGGCCAGACUCCCAGCAGCUCAGCAUUUCCGUUUGGAUCAGAGGCCCCUGUGA